AUGAUCCUGUGGCUAUACCUGAUGUCCUUACUAGCAGUCCUCAGAGGUCUCCAGUCAGAGGUUCAGUUAGUGGAGUCUGGAGGGGAUGUGAGAAGACCUGGAGAUUCCCUCCGUCUCUCCUGCCAAGGCUCUGGAUUCACCUUCAGCAGCUACCACAUGAGCUGGGUGAGACAGUAUCCUGGGAAAGGACUGGAAUGGGUGGCAGUCAUAUGGUAUGAUUCCAGUAAUAAAUACUACUCAGACAAAGUCAAAGGGUGCUUCACCAUCUCCAGGGACAAUGCCAAGAGCCAACUCUAUUUGCAAAUGAACAACUUGAAGCCAGAGGACUCAGGACUCUAUUACUGUGCAGGAGACACAGUGAGAGGAAGCAAAUCUCAAGCCAAGCAAGAACCUUCUUUUCCUCUAAGCAGCCCUUCAAGUGCAUCCUGUCACAGAAGGUUGAAUUUGUGCAACUGGAAUGAGAAGCAGCCUGCUACACCCACCAACACAAAGUUUGUGCACUUUCCUGAAUCCUCUCCUCUCAAUUCUCAACAUUCAUUAGAGGGAGCAAAAGUGAUCAUGUGGCUAACCUUGGUGUGUUUACUAGUGAUCUUGAGAGGUAUCCAAUCUGAGGUCCAGUUGGUGGAGUCUGGAGGGGAUGUGAGAAGACCUGGAGAUUCCCUCCAUCUCUCCUGCCAAGGCUCUGGAUUCACCUUCAGCAGCUAUGGCAUGAGCUGGGUGAAACAGUAUCCAGGGAAAGGACUGGAAUGGGUUGCGCACAUAUAUACUGAUUCCAGUGGAAAAUUCUAUUCAGACAAAGUCAAAGGACGCUUCACCAUCUCCAGGGACAAUGCCAAGAGCCAACUCUAUUUGCAAAUGAAUAACCUGAAGCCAGAGGACACGGGACGCUAUUACUGUGCAGGAAGCACAUUCCCUCCGUUCAUUAGAGGGAGCCAAAAUGAUCCUGUGGCUAAACUUGGUGUCCUUCUUAGCAGUCCUGAGAGGUACUCAGAUAAAGUCAAGGGACGGUUCACCAUCUCCAGGGAUGAUUCCCGCAGCCAGCUGAAUCUGCAGAUGGACAACCUGAAAGCAGAAGACACGGGAGUCUAUUACUGUGCGAGAGACACAAGGGAGCCAAAAAUGAACCUCUGGAUAACCUUGGUCUCCUUACUAGCAGUCCUUAGAGGUAUCCGAUCUGAAGUCCAGUUGGUGGAGUCUGGAGGGGAUGUGAGAAGACCGGGAGGUUCCCUCCGUCUUUCCUGCCAAGCCUCUGGAUUCACCUUCAGCAGCUACUGGAUGAACUGGUGUCAGCAGAUCUUCAGAGGUUCUGGCCUCCAGCUGCUGUUUCCGAAUGCCAGAUCGGUCUUUAACCAGGCUGCCGUCAUCAGUGAUUUAAUCCUUGAUUAA